AUGCUUAUGAAUCAAACAAUAAGAGGCAAUAAUCGACGUAUAACAAGAACAAAUAUUGAUUCAUCAUCAUCAAUAAAAAAAACUAAAAAACAACAACAAGAUUUAUCAAAUGAUAAUAUAUCUAAUCGACGUAAAUUGCGUAGUUCAAAUUCUGAUACAAUAGAAACUAAAACAUAUAGACAACAAACUCUACCAAUAAAAAAAGAACGAAAAAAACGAAUUAAAAAACUUGUUAAUGAUCCGGAACAAGAUAUAACUAUUACUCAAACUAAUACAAAAACAAAAAAUAAUAAUAAUAAUAAUAAUAAUAACAAUGGUAAUGAAUUAUAUUGUGAUCGCAAAAAGUUCCGAUAUCAGGUAAAAAAUAUAAUUAAUACUGUUGAAAUUAAACAAGAAGAUGAACUUGUUAAUAAUUGUUCAUUACUUGAUUCAUCAUCAUUAUCUCAUUCAAUGUUUGAUUCAAUACUUGACCAUAAUCAAUUUUGGCAUCGUAAUCAAAUAAUAACACCAACUGGUUAUUAUUUACCAGCUAAUUCAUCACCAUAUGAUCAUCAAUCGACUACAAGUUAUCAUUUAUCAACAAGUGAUGUUGAUAAUUCAAAUUCAUCAAUACAUGAUAAUACAACGAAAUUAAUAAAUAAUAAUAAUAAUAAUAGUAAUAGUGGACAAUCAAGAAAAGAUAAAUCACUUGGUUUACUUUGUCAGAGAUUUAUUUCAAUGUAUCCACCGAACGUUCAUCCUGGUGAAAUGAUUGUUAUUUGUCUUGAUAAAAUGGCUCGAGUUCUUGAAACAAAACGAAGACGAAUUUAUGAUAUUGUUAAUGUUCUUGAAUCAGUUGAAACAAUGAGUCGAAUUGCUAAAAAUCAAUAUCAAUGGCAUGGAUUGGGAAAUUUAGGUCAUACAUUAUCAAAACUUAAGACGUUAGCAUAUAAAUCUGGUUUUGUUGAAUUUGCUCGUUCAAUUCGUGAACAAAUCGAUCAAAUGGUUCUAUCCGGUCAAUUGAAUACUGGUCAAGGAACACAAAAUGAAGCACUUAAAUGUAUACAAAUCGUCUCGACUGCAAAAGUUCGACGAUUAUAUGAUAUUGCAAAUGUUUUAUCAACAAUUAAUUUAAUAACAAAAGUAACAGAUCCAAGUUAUCGUGGUCCUCGACCUGCUUUUCAGUAUAUUGGACCUCGAACUGAAAUUAUUCAUCACGCAGAAAAUGUUGUUGAUUUUAUUAAUUCAGAAAAUACAAAAUCAAAUUCAAAACAUUCAUUAUUUGAUCAUUUUAAACGAAAUCUUUUUCUUAAUUGUACUAUUCCAAGAUUUGAUCCAAGAAAUGGUUUACUUGGUCUGAAAAGUGCAUUAGAUAUGAAUGGUCGAAGUAGUUCUGGUGUUACAGUUACUGGAGUUUAUUCCAAUAAUGUUGGAGGAGUAAAUUCCAUCCCAGAUGAUGAUAUUCAACAUCCAACUAGCAGUGAAAAUUCACUAACAACACAACAUUCAACAUCCUAUAUUCCUGAAUCAAAAAAAAGAAAAUAUUCAAAAUAUAACGAUAUUGAUAAUCAAUAUAGAAGUAUUCUUGUUCCAUCAAUUGGAUUUGGUAAUACAUCAUCAAUAAAUUCUAUACCACAAACAUCUAAUCCUGUUUAUCUUCAAUUUACUCCACAUGAUUCAUCAACUACAUUUAAUUCUCCAAAUCUUCUAACAUAUAAUUCUCAUCAAACAUGGUCAUCAAAUGAUGAUAAUUCAAAUAGUUCAUUAUUAAAUAAAACAACACGACGUCGUAAUCAAACAAUCAAUAAUAAUGGUCCAAAACGACCUGUUGGCAGACCACCAAAAAAACUUCAACAACAAAAAAAUGAUGAAAUACUUAUUCAACCAUCAGAAUCAAAUUCAUUAAUUGAACAAACAAUAUCAGUUAGAAAUUCUGAUCAACAAUCAACAAUAAAAUGUCAUCCACAAGAUUUACAAGAUAUUAAUGUUGAUAUAUUAACAUAUCAAAUGCGUAGUGUUCUUCCAUCAAUAAGUAAUUCUAUAAACUUAACAAAUUCAUUAUUUAAACAAGAAGAUAUAUUAUCACCAACAAGUACAUUUCAUUACGAUAAUGAUGAUCUUAUUGAAACAAAUACUCUUCCAAUUUUCGAUUCUUUAGCAACACAAAAUUUUACACGUCGUCAUCCCUUAUCAUGUUGGUUAUCAACAAUGUUACUUUGUUUUUCUGGUUCAAUUUUAUCUAAUUUCUUACUUGGUGAAAGUCCAAUAAAAGAUUUUGCUCAACAUCAACAUCUUUUACUUGCGACUUUAUGUUGGUAUCUUGUAUUUUAUUCACCAUUUGAUAUAAUAGCACGUUUAUUACGAUUUGUACCUGUACGGAUAUGUGUUGGUGUGGGAAAAGAAAUUCAACGAACAAAAAAAAUUUUCGAUGGAAUUCAUUCGACAUUAGCUAUUUAUCCUGAUGGUUAUAUUAUUGUUGUUACUAUCGGAGCUAUAAAAGGCUGUGGUGGAUCAGUAAUGUCAUCAAUUGACCGAUUUAUUCGAGGUCUUUGGUUACCUACGCAACAUGAAUUUCUUUUUCCAUCUUUUGCAACAAAAGCUUGUUUUAUUUCUGCAACAAUCUUUUUACUUGAACACAUUCGUGUAAUUCAAUUUGAACGUGAAUUAAUUUAUUUAUGUGUUGCUUCAAUGUUUAUAUAUGUACGCGUAAUUACAAUAUUUUUUAAACAAUAUGAUCCUUUAAUGCCAUUUGAAAAUCUUUCAUCUGGUUUAUUAUUCAAUAGUUGGUCCGAAACAAUUUCUGAUGCAUAUCGACGUGCAACAGUUGGUUCGUCGUCGACAAGUACAACAAAUACAUCAACACCGCAACAAGCAACAAUAAUACCGGCUGCUCUUACACCACUUACUGCAACAACAACAUUGAUCGGUUCGAAAAAAGAAACAAGUACUGCUGAUGGACAAAUGAAAGGACUUGAUGGAAAGAAACGAGAUUAA